GCUGGGAUUCCCUACAACAGUAACCACAGCUGUUGGUUGUACUUCUCUGCCUUGCUCUGUCUCCUUCUGCCAUGGAGGCCAUCCGCUGGGGAAUCUGCUCUGCUGGGAAGAUCAGCCACGAUUUCAUCGUGGCCCUGAGGACUCUGCCACCAGAAAACCAUAAGGUGAUGGCUAUUGCUGCUCGUGAUCUCAGCCGGGCUCAGGAAUACGCCAAGAUCCACAGCAUCCCCAAGGCCUAUGGCUCUUAUGAAGAACUGGCUGAAGAUCCAAAUGUUGAUGUGGUAUACGUGGGGGUGAUUAAUCCAUAUCACCUCCCAGCUUCCCUCCUCUUCAUGCAGGCUGGGAAGAGUGUACUCUGUGAGAAACCCCUUGGCAUGAAUGCAGCUGAGGUCAAGAAAAUGGUGCAGUCAGCUCGGGAAAACAGAGUCUUUUUCAUGGAGGCCGUCUGGACCCGCUUCUUCCCGGCUUCAGAGAAGAUCCGCACCUUACUUAGGCAAACGGCUGUUGGAGAGGUGAUGCUAGUCCAUGCUGAUUUUGGGUUUCCUAUGCUGUCGAUCCCCAGAUGUGUUCAGAAAGAGCUUGGGGGAGGUGCCCUGCUGGAUAUUGGCAUCUACUGUGUCCAGCUGGCCUGUAUGAUCUUCAGUGGGGAGAAGCCAGAGUCAAUCGUGGCUUCUGGAUUCUUGCAUGAAACAGGGGUGGACAAAACUACUUCCGUCAUCCUGAACUACUCAGGACAACGGCAGGCUACCUUCACCUGCACCACAACAGUCACGCUGCUCAAUAAAGCAAGCAUUAAUGGCACCAAAGGGAUAAUUGAGCUUCCAGCCACUUUCUGGAGCCCAACACAGCUGGUUGUCAAUGGCCAUGCAGAAGAGUUCCCCCUUCCCGCUUCAUCCCAAAAACUGAACUUUCCCAAUGGCACCGGCAUGUGCUACCAAGCAGAGCAUGUCAGACAGUGUCUUCUUCAAGGCCUGAAGGAGAGCCCCAUCAUGUCUCAUGCAGACAGCGAGCUGGUCCACUCCAUCCUGGAUGAGGUCCGUAGGCAGCUGGGGUUGUCCUAUCCUCAGGACGAAGCAUGACUCAUUCCUUAGUUGGAUAACAGGAUACAGGAUCUGCUGUAGCUGGGUUUGUGGUGUGGAAAUCUCAGAUCUUAAGGAAAGGGGUGGGGAAGCAAUCUUUUGAAUGGGGGACAAAAUUACAAUCAAACAACAAACAAAUAUUGCCAAUACUAACUGCAAACCUUGGGAUGUGUAGCUAGAGAUAAAAAGCUUGGAAUAUGUAGCUAGAGCUUAUAAUUUUCCAUCUGGUAUGAAUCCCACCCCACCCUCUUCACCAGCCUUUGAAAAAUUGCUGCUAAAUAAAGAGAAUCUUACAUCUUUUAUUACAUA